AUGGUAAAAAAAUAAAAUAAAAUAAAAUAAAGAUAAAGGAAUAUUUAUAUCAUUGUCCUGUCCUUGGAUUCUUACUUUUUUUUUAAUAUUGUUUUCAUAAAGAUUGUUGCAUAAAACUUAUAAGCCUACUGCUCUUUUACGACAUGAAGUGUCACUAUUUAUAUGGGCUGUAUGUGUUGUUAUUAAGGUCCAGGUUUUAUUACAUUAUGUGUCAUGUUAUGUAAAACAUGUUUCAGUUGUAAAAAAAAAAAAAAAAAAAAAGACUAAAGCAAAAGACUAAGACAUAAUAAUUUACAAAUGUCUUUGUAAGAUGCAGUAUAUUAUUAGUUUCCAAUAAAGUGAAAAGUUCUAUAUUUUAGGAAAAACUGAAAUACUUUUGUCUGAUACUGUGUGAUGAAAGUAAUGCUUGAGGGAUUUAGAGAUACAUUUGGGAAAUUCUGUAAAAUUGACUUUGGCAGUCAGUGCUCAAAUGGUUUUAUAUAUUUUGAGUCAAUAAUUUAUUUUGUUUUUAAAAUACACAUAUUUCUCUAUGCUCUGUCACGUAUCAGCUGUACUAUAUAUAUAUAUAUAUAUAUAUAUAUAUAUAUAUAUAUAUUCCAUUGUAUACAUUCCUUGUUAUUUUUUUCUAUUUACAUCUCUAUUUACAGGAAAAUAUUACUGCUUUGCAUUUGAAUUUACAUCUACAACUCCAAACAUCUAUAACUACAUGCAUUACUUUAUAAAUGAAACACUAUUCAAUAUGUGUCAAAAACAAAACAGAGAAAGAUUAUUGCUGACAAAACAGUGUAUACAGCAGCAAAUCAACAAUGUCAAGGUAUGACCUCCAAUUGUUAACCCUUUCACACUUUCGGUGACCCUGGCGGUGUACGAGAAACAGCUGCUGAAAGGAUUUCUGUAGCCUACUGGCCCCUGCAAAUGUGACACAACCCCUCCAUAUUCUGUGCAUUUCUAUGGCAUUGUUGCUGGCUCAGGCAGUUUACACAAAGGCACAGUCUGUGGGUCCGUGUAUAAAAGGAAAGGGUUAAACCAGGUAGGGUACAGUUUAGUGCAAGAGCAAGAGCAGCAGCACAUCUACCAGCCGCAGCAGCAGCAGCAGCAGCAGCCCACUGACCAGCAAAAUGACCUCCACUGGAAUGAACAUGAUGAGCAGGAUCGUCUUCUACGAGGACAGGAACUUCCAGGGCCGUUCCUAUGAGUGCAUGAGCGACUGCCCCGACAUGUCCUCCUACAUGAGCAGGUGCCACUCCUGCAGGGUGGAGAGGGGAUGCUUCAUGGUGUACGACCGCACCAACUACAUGGGCAACCAGUACUUCAUGAGGAGGGGCGAGUACGCUGACUACAUGAGCAUGAUGGGAAUGAGCGACUGCAUCAGGUCCUGCCGUAUGAUCCCCAUGUACAGGGGAUCCUACAGGAUGAGGAUCUAUGAGAGGGAGAACUUCGGAGGUCAGAUGUACGAGCUGAUGGAUGACUGUGAUAACAUCAUGGACCGUUACCGCAUGAACAACUGCAUGUCCUGCAACGUGAUGGACGGCCACUGGCUGAUGUACGAGCAGCCCCACUACAGAGGCAGGAUGAUGUACAUGAGGCCUGGAGAGUACAGGAGCUUCAUGAACAUGGGCUUCAGCGGCAUGAGGUUCAUGAGCAUGAGGCGCAUUACUGACUCCUGCUAUUAAACUCUCUUUGCACUAAAUAAAACUGUCACA